UGAAUCAAAAACACAAACAUUGUUUCUUAUCUUUACAAAAUGUAUAGCAGUUGUUUGUGGUGCACUUGAACGCAUCAUCAGUGUUGGGGUUCAGAGCACCGAAGACGUAGGCUUGCACAGACUAGAGAGAGAGAAGGCUCGAUCUACUUAAGGCUAUUGACACAACAGAGGGUUGUUGAUCUAGCUGCUUCUAGCUUUAUUUUAUCAAAUAAACAUGGAAGGGAACGUUUGCAACAUCCAGGUGCUUCUCCGGGCUGCAGAGUUUUUGGAGAGAAGAGAGAGGGAGGCAGAACAUGGGUAUGCUUCAGUCCUGCCUGUCAGCCCCGGUCUCUCUGAUAAGAGAAGCAAACAGAAGAGCAAAAAGAUAGCUGCUGGUGGCAAUAGGUCUGUCCACAAUGAGCUAGAAAAGAACAGACGGGCUCAGCUGAGAUAUUUCUUAGAGCAGCUAAAAAAGCAAGUUCCCUUGUCCACUGACUCGAUGAGGAAUACAACCCUAAACCUACUGAGGCGGGCCCAGCUCCAUAUAAGGAAGUUGCAGGAGCAGGAUGAGCGUGCAGAGCAGUUGAAGGGCCGUCUGCGCUGGGAGCAGAGGGAGCUGAGGAUUCGACUGGAGCAGCUUCAGAGAACUGAGCGGAUGCGGAACAAUAGUCAGGGCUCCACUAUGUCCUCUGAGAGGUCAGACUCUGACAGAG